AUGACGGCCGAGCAGACGCGCGAGUUCGCGCUGGGACUGGCGACGUGCGGGUUCCCGUUCCUGUUGGUGAAGCGACCCGACAUCGUGGACGGCGACGACGUGGCGGCCCUCCCGGAGGCGUUCCGCGACGAGCUGGAGCGUGGCGGGGGCCUCAUCGUGCCGUGGUGCCCGCAGCCGGCGGUGCUGAAGCACGCGGCGGCGGGCCUGUUCGUGACGCACUGUGGGUGGAACUCGCUUCUGGAGUCGGUGGUGGCGGGCCUGCCGGUUCUCGCCUGGCCGGUCUUCGCCGAGCAAACGACCAACUGCAGGCAGGUGCUUGAGUGCUGGCGGAACGGCAUGGACCUUCCCGAGGAGGUGGAGAGCGGCGCCGUGUCGAGGCUGGUGAAGGAGAUGAUGGCCGGGGAGCUGGGGAAGGAGAAACGGGCCAAAGCGGCGGAGUGGAGAGCUGCGGCAGAGGCGGCCGCCAUGGACGGCGGGUCGUCGUUGCGCAGCGUCGACCGACUGGUGAACGACGUGCUGCUGCUCGGGAACAAGUGA